AUGACCAAGGCAAUCCCCGCAUACGAGAAGCCGCUUUAUGAAUCCUUGACUGGGUUGUACAAUACUUUAUCAGAUCUAAAAAACAACAGAACAAAAUACAUCAGCUCUAAACAAGUGUACAUCAUAUACGAUGAUUUCUUGAAACAAGUGCACGAACUCAGCAUUGUCAGGAAGGAUGAGGAAUUAAAGGGAAUGACCCUUCAGCUUCCAAAUCCUACAGACUCGCUCAUUGACGAUAUCUGGCAGUUACUAUCCUUGUCGUUUGUCACCUGUGGGCUCAUAAAAUUUGCCCCAGCAACGUACUCGUCACUCAGCACAGUCUACAAGCUUCUUACUCACUUAAAAGAGUGUCAAAUUUACAGUUUUGACGACUUGAAGCCCAUCAAGGCGAGGUUGGAAGAAAUCAAAACCAUCAUUGACACAAGUGAGGACGCUGACGACAGCGGCUCAGACUCAGAUGACAUGAUAGACCAUAAACGCGAGGAGAGCUUGUUGCUUAGAAACAAGCUCACAAAAUGUCAGCAAGUGUACCAGGAGCUCGAAGACUCAUUCAGGAAGAUUCCAAAAGACUUGGAGCCCACGUAUGCUAAGCUCAUCCAGAUCAGGAAAGUGUUGCUCAAUUACCUCACGCAUCAGGAAACAGACCCUCGAAAAGUGUCUCAAAAAGUAGAAGAGUUGGAGUCGGAUUUGAAAAUUAUUGAAAGCCAGAGAGACGACGGUGGAAAGUUCCACAGUGCCGUGGCUUCCGAAUCUGACUUGAAUACCACGCAGAUGGUGCUCAAUGCAUUGUUGGACGAAUGUCAUAAUUUCAUCAAAGAUUUGAAGAUUCAGCUGGAUACUACGGGAAUCUCAACGCUUUUUGAGGACCUUACUCUCGACAAUCCGCAGCAUGAAGAGUUCGAGAAGAUCGCCCUGGGCAUCAAAUCGGUUUACGGAGAAUUGCUCACCUUGAGGCAAACUUUAGAAAACUUGCUCAUCACUCGCAGGUGGACCAUGCGUGAAACAGACUUGUACAACUACCAAAAAGCAUUGAAGAGUCUUGACGAACAAAGGCUCAACUUCAACAAACGCAUUGCUGCAGCCUCGGGCAGCCCCAUUUCAAAAAAGCUCAAGCGAGCGCAGCUUUUAGUGCUUUACUUACUAAGAAGAUGUUACUCUUUGAUUUACAAGCUUCUUGAGAGCUCAGAACCGGUGUCUGAGUCUCUUCAACCAAUUCAUAAUCAGUUACUGACCGUGAGGCGGUGUCUCUUGGAAAUCAAGAGAGUGGACGGACUAAACAAUCUUCGGGAACUUUAUCCGUUCCAAUUUAAGCUAGCAUCUUUGGAUAAUUUGAGAGAUGACGGCAAAUUCAUCGUAAAUGGCCAGGUUCCCGAAGGACAGGGCACUCUCAAUGCUCUCUUAGCAGAAUGCUUCGAUAUCAUGCACGAGCUUAAGAUUGAGUUGGAAGAGAAGGAGGAAAACGAGGACGAGCCUGAUGGAAAUGAUGAAGUUCACAUCACUGAUGAGGAGGACAAGGAAUCUGACGAUGAGGUUGAGCUAAAGAGAAAUCGUUUUGUGGGUUUCAACGAGGCCGACUACGACAUGGUCUGUGACAGCGACAAUCUCAGCAGUGCCUCUGAUUCCGAGUUCGAGAGUAAUGACUACUAUUAA